AUGGAAAAUAAAUCUAGAGUCAGUGAAUUCCUUCUGCAUGGAUUCCCUGACACUGAGCAGCUACGGAUAGUUCACAUCAUUGCUUUUUUAACAAUUUAUUUGAUAGCCCUCACUGAAAAUCUCAUCAUCAUCAUUGUCAUUGUUUAUAGCCAUCAGCUCCAUUCACCUAUGUAUUUUUUUAUAGCUAAUUUAUCUUUGCAAGAUCUUGGCUCCAUCUCUGUCACAGUUCCCAAGUCCAUGAUGAAUUCCUUGAUGAACACAGAAGCCAUUUCUUACUCUGGAUGUCUCUGCCAAGUUUUCUUCCUUGUUUUCUUCAUGAUGUCUCAUUUCUUUCUCCUGGGUGUCAUGGCCUAUGAUCGUUAUGUCGCCAUCUGCAAGCCACUGCAUUAUGAGACUGUACUGAGCAAAAAAGCUUGCAUCCAAAUGGCAACCAGUGCAUGGAUGGGUGGCUUUUUCUAUGCAAUAGUUUAUACAGGAAACUUGUUUAUGGUGAAGUUCUGUUCCAGAAUCAUCAAUCAGUUCUUCUGUGAAAUCCCUCAGUUGCUUAAGAUUUCUUGCUCUGACUUUCCUGUUGCAGAAGAAUGGGCAGUCCUUUUUGGUUGUCUUUUAGCUUUUCUCUAUUUUGCUCUAAUUGCUUUAUCUUAUGUUGUGAUCUUCAGAGCAGUGUUGAGAAUCCCAUCCACCCAGGGGAAAGAAAAAGCCUUCUCUACCUGUUUACCUCAUCUCAUAGUCAUUUGCUUAUUUUUGAUAAGUGGUUCCUUUGCAUACCUGAGACCCACAUCCAGCUCUCCAUCAACAUCAGACAUCCUAAUUUCAACAUUUUACUGUGUGGUGCCACCAGUCAUGAAUCCUUUGAUCUACAGCAUGAGAAACAAGGAACUCAAAAUGGCAUUCUGGAAGCUGAUCCUCAAUAUUUCUUCUAACACCUUAUCCAAAAUUUCUCAUUUUUGUGUGCCUUAA